AUUACUUGAUUGAGUAUCAAUUGUCGAUGCGUCAUAACACACAAUGUUUUAUUUGGUAAUCAAGAAUGAAUUCAAUUUUUUAUGAUAACAACAAACCAAUUAAUGGGUGGAAAAGAUGCAAUAUUUUUCCCCAGCAUCGUAUGUUUUAAUCGACGACAGAAUAUUGCAUCAUCAAUCGAAAUGAUUUAACGUCGUAAAAAAUUUCCACUCUCUAUUGCAAACAUAUAUUCAAACAUGGUUAUAUUGCUUGUAAUUUCGAAAAUUUUUUUGUUUCUCAAAUCAUGAUCAAUCGAUAAUCGAUGGUUUAAUAACCACAUUCAACCCACUCACCUAGAUUCUUCAAUACUGGUUGUUGACUCAUCCUUCGUAUGAAUAACCUAUCUAAAUUUUCAAAAAAAUCACCUAUGUUAAACUAUCCAUAAAUCGAAUCUUGAAUCAUCAUCGUUUCGAUUCAACGACCAUACUGUUAAAAUAAAAUCCACUGAUUGGUAACCAUGAUUAUUGGUAUCAGUGAUAUCGAUAUUUUCUUCUUUUACAUGUUUGUAUCACAGUUGUUGUCAUAAUGAUAAAGGUGAUAUAAUAUGAAAAAUAGCAUUUUUCUCUCCAAUCGUGUAAAAAAAUGAAAUAAAUUUCACCACGAAAGACAGCAAUUUGUAGUCAACAACUACAAAAUAAUAAUAAUAAUUAUUAUUAUUGUACUAAUAAAACAAGAAAAAACUACGACGGAAAAAAAAUAAUUGGCCAAUCGACGUCAUUUUUUUUCAUUUUGUUUGCAAAUCUAUUUUAUAAUCGACGAUUUAUCACAUGUUAUUGGAAUUGUCCCGAAUCGACCAUAUGUCAUCGUUCAUCAUAAAACGCGAAAAUUUCCAAUUUUUCUAAUUCAUUGAAAAUCUUCAUACCAGUUGUCGUCGUCAUUGUUUUUUUUCAAUUCAACUUGCAAAUUUUAUAUGCUCCAAUUCAUUGAAUCGUCAAAGUCGCCACCACUACCACCACAACCACGUUGCAUAUAACCUAAAUUCAAUGAGUCAUUGUCGUCAUGUCAAUAAUGAUGGUCGAUAAUUUUUGCAACAAGUUUUUUUCAAAAUAAAGUCAGCGACCGAACAUUAAAUGGACAUAAUAAUAAUAAUAACCUCUCGACUACAGACAAACUAGAUUAAUUAAUUAUUCUAAUUCUAAUUGUGAUUAUAUCAACACAAAUCAUAAACUGGCAAGCAACAAAAAAAGUAAUUUAUUUUGAACUCCCCUCUAAGCUUUACCAAAACGAUUAUUUUGCAUUCUCAAUGUCAUUUGUUAAACGUUGAAUGAAACAAAGAAAAUAUUAAAAGCAGGAAACAAUUGUCGUCAAAUGCGUUGAUUUAUCAUUAUUGAUUCAAUCUAUAUCAUCAACAAAUUAUAAUGUUCGAGUGAAUUUUCAUCUGAACUUGUAGCCGUCCUCCUCACCAUUUGCCGGUUUAGUUUUUACAUUCAACAAGUGUACUCUAUUGAUAUAUCUAUAUAUCAACUGUUUGUCAUAUAAUUUCAGAUAGACUUUUGUUUGAUUUCAAAGUCAAACUGAAUUUAAAAGUGUCUAUAUAUUUUUACAAUCUAUUCAACAAAAUCAAUUGAAAAUUAUCUGUGAUAAAUUCUUGAUGUGAAAAAUUAUGGAUAAAGAACCACAAUUACCACCCCGUCCAACCGAUUCAUCGAUACAAGAUUCAAAAAAUGCCUUCAUGACAUGGGGCCGCUUAACUAGUUUCGAUGCUGAACUUUGGGAUUAUGUUCCUCCCGUUCCUAAAGAUAACGGUCGAUUUGACAUCCAUCAACAACAUUCAUCCUCAGAUGAUCAAUUUGAUGAUAAUCAUAGGAAUAAUAUUUUAUAUGAUUUUGGGAAAUCAUCUCAACUAUCUGUAAAUAAUCAACCUAUAUUACAAAGGCCAAAUCAUUUGUUUAAAAGUAAAAAAAUAUCCGCUUCAAGUGACCAGCUUUCACCUAGCUCCUCGAACCGGACAAGACAUUUUAUAGAUUGGCAUUCAUCGAUCGAUCAGAAUGGAAAUCGAAACGAUGAUAAUGACAAUGAUCAAAAUUCUAAAAGUUACAAGGAAAAAAUAAUGGAACUUUUUAAAGUUUCACCUAAUCAUAAUGAACGAAGUAAUUCUUUGAUUACUAAUACAUUGCCGAAUCCUAAUGAUUUUAAUUUUCAUCUAAAUCCCUUAUAUUAUAAUAGUAAUGUUAGAUGCUUUAACAAUAAUAAAAACAACAGCAACGAUCACGACAAAAAUGAAUAUGCCAAACUUUAUUGGCCAUUGUCAAGAACUGUCACAUAUCCUGCAACAUUUUCAUCUAGUCUGCCUGGUGUUUCACCACUAUCACCAAUGGCUAAUCCAUUUUACAUGAACAUACCUUCUCAUUCUCAGUGUCAUUCAACGAUGUCAUCAUCGAAUCAAAAUCUACAUCUUUUCCCUCCCGAACAAGUCAUGAAUCUUCAAUUAAUUGAUAAAAUCAAUUCGACAAAAAUUCAAACAGAAACAGAUGAAAAAAUAAACAAAUCAUCAUCAUUUGAGAAUAAAAUUCUUGUUCCCGAUGUAUUGACACCAACCUCAGUCUAUCCUAUUACGCCAGAAGAUCCUAAGCAAAUUAUUGAUUUAUUUGAUCCAUUAGCUGAAAGAAUUCCAUUAGUUCCAAAUGAACCUCAAGUCCAUUCAUCACCAGAACAUUUAAAUAAUGUUAGAGGGGAUUUGAGAGAUUCGGCUGCUUUAAAAGAAGAUAUUAUCAAUAACAAUAAUAGUAAAGAAAAUACGUUACCCAUCAAUAAAUAUAAAAGCAAGCCUGAUCAAAACAGUUUCUGUGAAAGCAAAACACAGUCUAUUUUCGAAUCCUUCAUAGUUGAACCACGUAAAACUUUAUUUAACAAAGAAAUGACUGAAUUCUGUGAACAUUUAAAAUCUCUUUAUAUGACCUGUUUUACUAACAAAACUACAAGCUCUUGUGAUGUAAAUUCUGGUCUAGUUUUUUCGCCACAAAUUAUGGUCGACAAUUUCCAACGACAAUCCAGUAGUCAAUCUGAUAAAUUAUAUUUCUAUGGAAUUUCUAAUCCAAAUGAUUCAUUGGCUGGUAUAGAUUUAAGUCAAAUUUCUGUUGAAAACGAUAAUGAUGAGAAUUUGAUUAUCAUUGAUGUUCGUUUUAGUUCAUUGGUUUAUUUUAAAAUUACCAACAAAAUACCGAACAAAUCGAAUGUUGUUUCCAGUGUAAAAAUGAUAGAUUCAAAUUAUCUUUGGUUUUCGAUGAAAUUUCCUGCCGAUUAUAAUAAAACUGUUGAUGUGAUCAUUUCUCAUGUUGUUCAUAACGUUGCAGAAAAAGAAAAGGACAACAUUGAUGAUUUUUUGCUCAAAUUGAACGGUGUUAAUGAAUUUCUUCAAUCUGAUUCCUCCUUAUCAUCAUAUGUUCAUGUUCAAAAUUGUAAAAUAAACAACAAAGACGUCGUAUUGGAAUUGGUGGAUCAAACGGCAGCCGAUUUUUGGCGUCCAUUUUUGCGUUGUGAAUCAGAUACAAAAAAUCUUAUGAAUAAUUUGAAUUAUCAACAAAUUAUACCGAAACAAUUCGUGAAUAAUUUUCAAGGUUUCAGCCAUGAACAGCUCAAUAUAUUAAUUGAUGAUCUUAAUUAUUCAUAUACGACUUUUCUCUCGGCUAUUAUGGAAUCAUUUGAGAAUGAAAAACUAUUCCAUGAAAUUCUGGAGAAAAUUUCCACUUUACAACGAUUUUUAUCAAACAUGGAAACGAGUGAUUUAAUCUUGGCUAUCGAAAAAUUAGAAUCUAAUAUUCGUGAAAUUGUAACAUAUUGCCGUGGUGGCAGUGUCGAUAAUAAUAUCGAUACUGAUAAGAUUCGGAAGAAAUUUGAAGAUGAAUAUCUCAAUAUUGUACAAAUAUUCGUAAAAUACAUACGAAUGUAUUCAAAUACUUUUCCGGUAAAUUUUCGGCUGCUUAAAAUUCCCAAUAAAGUACAAAAAGCGAUGAGUUUUGAUGAUGAUCAGAAUGAGAAAAAAUUUGUAACCUUAAAAAGAAGACGACGAAUAGAAAUCUCUCAAUUAAUGGAUUUAUUAACCAUACAUUUAGACAUUUGUACACAAGUCCCAGAUAAAUGGUCGGCAAUGUAUCAUAAUUAUGCUAUAAUGGUUAAUAUUUUUCAUGGAUACAACCUGAUUAAAUCGAUGAUCACUGACCGAACUAAAAUUCAACAUGCGAAAUCUCGAUACAAACGAUUGACGUUCAAUCAAUGCAUUGAUUUUGGCAUACCAAUCUCAAUGUUGCCCCGUGAAUCUAGAGUUGAAUUAAUUUUGAUUGGAUUUAGAGCCAAAUCUGAAGUCGAUGCUUUGGCAACAACAUUUUUAUAUCUUUACGAUAUUGAUGAAAUAUUUCAAAAUGGAUUUCAUCUUUUGCCAUGGACGGAACUGAAAUCUCCUUUUACCUUUCCUCCAAUUUCAAUGGAAUUUGAUUUACCUGAUAAAUCGGCUACAUUACGUGAAUUUUUAGAAAAUAAUUAUCUUGCCUCUUAUAAUCUUGAUCCGGAUACCAUGAUGAUUGUCAUACGUGUAUCACCAACAUUAACCACAAAUAGUGAUUAUUAUUUUCCGGAAAUUAAGACGAAAGAAUUGUCCAUUUCUAUGAAUUCUGUAAUACCGAAGAUAGAAAAUUCAUAUUCAGGAGAUUCGUUAUAUGGUUUUCAUGGAUGCAAUACAAAUCGACUCACAAGUAAUGUGGUUAAGAUAUUACAAAAAAAUCCAAUUGAACAAAUUACAAGUAAUGAACGUGAUAUUAUAUGGAAACAAAGGAAAACUUUGAGAGAAUUUCCUGGAUUAAUAUUGAAACUGAUGAAAUCACCUCCCAGUUGGUCAUGUCAUGAUUUGCCCGCUAUCUAUGAAUUGCUUAAAGGAUUUGAUCAAGGACAUUAUGGAAAUGUAUUUCGAACGAAAAUAGAAGUCCUUCAAUUGCUCAGUAUGGAUUAUCCGGAUAAAUUUGUUCGACGUACAGUGGUAAAAUGGCUCAAUUCUAUUUCAGUGGAUGAACUUUGUGAUUAUCUUCCACAACUGGUACAAUCUUUACGAUUCGAAACAUCGAUCGAUUGUCAUCUUAUUUGGUCUUUAUUAGAAUUUUCUCUGAUGUCAGCACGAUUCUGUCAUUAUUUUUAUUGGCAACUAAAAUCAUGCCUGAAUGAUAAUACUUUCGGCAUUCGUUGUCAAAUCUAUCUGAAUGCUUUACUCACUCUAUGUGGUGAACGAACUCGUGAUCAAUUCCUUGGACAAGAUAAAAUUUGUGAGGAAUUUUCAACCAUUUCAGCUGAAAUAAAACAAGCAUCUAAAGAAUCGCGAACUAAUAUCCUACGUCAACGUUUGGAAAAAAUCAAUGAAGAUCUUAAAUCAAAUCCAACUUCUCUUCCAUUGUCGCCAUCAUUAUUUGUCAAUGGACUUUCCAUAGAUCGAUGUUCAUACUUCAACUCCAAUUCUUUACCACUUAAAUUAGUGUUUGAUGGGGCACCGCCUUAUCGUAUCAAGUCUAGUUUUGACGAUUAUCCCGUCCAUACAAUCACAACGUUAGCCGAAUCAUCAACGCAAUCAAAAUUGACUGACAUUUACAAAAGUAAACAUUGGUGGCAUAAAAUCAUUUUCAAAUGUGGUGAUGAUCUUCGAAAAGAUAUGCUGGUUAUGCAAAUCAUUUCAAUCAUAAAUCGUGUUUGGCUUCGUUCUGGAUUGAAUCUUCGAUUAAUAAUUUUUAGCGUCUUGAAUUCUUCUCAUUGCACUGGUAUGAUUGAAAUGGUCACUCAUGCAUCUACUCUUCGAGAAAUUCAACAAGAACAUGGAUUGACCGGAAAUUUCAAACAUCACACCAUCGCCACCUGGUUAAAACGUUAUAAUACAAAUGAGUUUCAUUAUAAAGUUGCUAUCGAAAAUUUUAUCCAUUCCUGUGCCGGUUAUGUGGUCAUCACAUAUCUUCUCGGCAUUUGUGAUCGACACAAUGAUAAUAUUAUGGUCACAACAUCAGGGAAUCUUUUCCAUAUUGAUUUUGGUAAAUUUUUUGGGGAUGCUCAAAUGAUGGCCGGUAUUAAACGGGAUCGGGUCCCGUUUGUAUUCACCGCCGAUAUGGCAUUCGUCAUCAAUGAAGGUGGACGGCCAUCUAAGAAUUAUCAAUUCUUUGUCGAUCUUUGUUGUCGUUGUUUUAUUCUGGUCAGACAAAAUGGAGAUUUUCUACUUUCCCUAAUGGCGAUGAUGAUUCGUUCCGGUAUUGAUUACGUGACUCCCGAUGCUAUUCAAUAUUUUCAUAAAGCAUUGAUGCCCAAUCUAAUUGAAUCACAAGCAAAAGUGGAAUUUAACAAAUUAAUAGAAAAAGCACUUGGAUCAUUUUCCACACAAUUGAACUUUUUUCUUCAUAGUAUUGCUCAAUCGAUUUCAAGUAGUGGGAAUAAUAGUGGUAGUACUGGUUCAUUAGAUGAUCGAAAAUCAUCUUAUCUUGGUCCAUUAUCAUCCGAAUCAUUAAUGAACGACUCGACAAACAAUUUUGUCAAAAUAUCCGAAUCAGAUGAAAUGUCAAAUAUGGAAGACAAUAUUUCGGAUUCAUGUCAGUUUUCAUUCACAAAAUGUCGUUUUACCGAAGCACUUGAUGGCCAUAUAACACAAUUGGAGAUUGUAAAUUUCAAGUCUUUCACACCAGAAAAAAGUGAUAAAAUAUAUUUUUAUAAGAUCAAAGUUGAUCGACUUAAUUAUCCAGAAAAUUUUGUUUACCGAAAUUUUAAAGAAUUUUUUGAAUUAUAUGAAAAGUUAUCGCGAACAUUUCCAUUGGCUAAAUUUCAUACAUUGAAGCGAUCACCAAUGAUGAAUCGUGCAAGUCGCCAGCAAAUCGCAUCACUUCGGACACGUGAAUUGAAAUUAUUCCUUAAAGAUCUCAUGAGCAUGGCUUCGGAAAUUUCCCAUUCAGAUAUGGUAUAUACAUUCUUUCAUCCUAUUCUACGUGAUCAACAAUUUUUCGAUCUUGAAAGUUUGAAUUUUGCCGAUAAUCUUUCAACAGCCCUUACUAUUUCCGAUUAUCAAUCUCAGAUCACAUUGAGACGGCAACCAAAAAUCAAACUUGAUCUUAGCUAUCGUGAUGAUGCACUACAUGUAGUGGUUAUUCAUGUGAGAAAUCUGGAUAAUGAUCGUUUAACACCGCCCGAUUCCUAUGUAAAACUAUAUCUACGACCAGAUCCGAAUAAAAUGACAAAAAGAAAAUCCAAAACAAUGUACAAGAAUGCACAUCCAACAUUCAUGGAACCAUUUGAAUAUAAAUAUCGAUUGGAUUUUAUAAUUUCAAAAACACUUGAGGUUUCAAUUUGGGAAUCUGAUAUGACUGGUAAUAAACGUUUGGGCCAGGUGGAAAUACCACUAAGUCAGAUCGAUUUUUUCACCAAAAAUGAACGCUGGUAUAAUCUGCAAUGAAUUUUCUUCAAUUAUUCACUUUUUUCCAAUUAUUUCAUUACAUAUUUCAUCAAUUCUUUGUUCUUUUUCA